UGCGCUGCUCACAAGUGCUCGGGACCGUCGUGCGGACGCAGGCUACCGUAACUACGAAGAAACAGAAAAUGCCCAAACUGAGCACCGACGAUCGAGAGAAGGAGCUCAGCCCUCUAUUAUCAAAUGGCUGGAGCGUCCAGGACAACAGAGACGCCCUGUACAAGGAGUUUGCCUUCAAAAACUUUAACCAGGCCUUUGGAUUCAUGACCCGCGUCGCUAUGCAAGCCGAGAAGAUGGACCACCAUCCCGAAUGGUUCAACGUAUACAACAAAGUCAACGUAACUCUCUCGUCCCACGAUGUCAAUGGUCUGUCGCAGCGCGACGUCAAGCUCGCAAAUUUUAUAGACAAGGCCGCCAAAUCCUUCACCGAAUAAAACCCGACUUAACACCGUCCAUUCGUUUAUGAUUGACAGCGUUGAAAUUUCUUUUUUUUCAUUCUUAGAGUGUUCUUACUUUUAUAUUUUGUUUUAUUAAUUCCUUUUUUUUUUU